AGGCGGAAAGAUAUAAAGACACACAUAUAUCGACGACAAUCGACGUCAAGCGCAUAAUGCAAUAUUGAUAUAAAUUACACUGCCUGUGCGGUUUAUUCGGAGGGUGAAACGCUCGGGAGGAGGAGAGAAAGAAGCGAGAUGAAAACGAAUCGUCGGGAUGAGACGACGACCGGCCACGGUACAGGUUAACACGGCGGUGAUACGGCGCUUUUAGAGUGACGCUUCUUGACAGACAAUCGUCGCGAUCCUCGUCCGGGCAGGCAUGUUCAGGUACUUCUGGGCUCUGGUGUGCUGGUACUUCAGGCGCCUGAUAAAAUGGUUCUUGCGCCACACCACGCAGAUGUGCGAGCUGCAGAGGAUCUGCUACGGACAGCCGUCCGGGGCGCCGCGCGCUUUUGCCGUCGAGGAGACCCUCGGGCAGUCGCGCGACGCGAACAUCAGGACCCUCGUCGCGUACCUCAACGACAUCGCCGAUCACCGUGGAAUAACGACGAGAACCGAGCGUAAGAUUCUCGAGGAUGCCAUCAGGACCGUGCUGGUGACCAAGAAGAUCAAUCCCACGGCGCAUCCAGACUUCGCCAAGUCGUUCGGCAAGUGCGUGGAGCUGAUCUGGGGCUACCGUCAGCUCUGCGUCGAGUGCGAGGAGCUCAGGAAGAUGCCGUACAGCGCGGAUAAUCCGGAGCACGAGCAGAAGCUGCUGAAACUGUGGAACCUCCUGAUGCCGUACGAGCCACUGGAUGCGAGGGUGACCAAGCAGUGGCAGGAGAUCGGCUUCCAGGGGGACGAUCCCAAGACGGAUUUUCGUGGGAUGGGAAUCCUGGGAUUGGAGAAUCUCGUUUAUUUUGCUCAAGAAUAUCCUAGCAUGGCCACGCACGUAUUGUCCCAUUCGAAUCAUCCGCGUUACGGAUACGCAUUCGCUAUAGUCGGUAUAAAUCUCACGAGCAUGGCUUUGAAAUUGCUGAGGGACGGCAGCGCUAAGACUCAUAUAUAUAAUUCCUCCAAGACCCUGCCGACGAUUCGUGCCUUUCAUCAGUUUUACUGUUAUCUAUUUUAUGAAUUUGACGGAUUUUGGAUCGAGUCCAAGCCUAGUAAUAUGAUGGAAUUCUCGUCGAUACAAGAAAAGUUUGAAAACAGUAUCAGAAUGGCGUUAGCUAAUACAUCAACGGUUUUCAGGAUAAAUGUGGCGGUUGACAAUAUUUAAUACGAAAUACAAAUUGCCUUUUUAUUUGUAAGAAACAAGACCAAAAUGGCUAUAUAAGGAAUAAGUACAAUUUUUAGACUAGCAUAUAGGAAACUUAUUUUUUGUUGUAUAUUUUCACAAUAUUGGCUUUGUUGUGAUAUUUAAAAUGGCAUUUAAGUUAACAAUUGACUUCUACGUUAUAGAUAUCUUUGCUUUUUUUUUUAAGUAAUAUAAUGUUAGUGGUAUCUUGAUGUAAUAUGUGUUUUAUUAUAGUUCCAUUUAAUAAAUGGCUAUACGUUCCUAUACGUUUAGCUGUUUCCUUAAUAUGUAUUUAUACGUAAAGUAUAACGCUUGUCACGUAUGUGAUGCGUUAAGUUGCUUAACGAAAUUAGAGCUACUGUGUAUAACAUGUAUUGAUUUCAAUAAUUUUAUCGGAGUAAUUUUUAAAUAUUGUCAACAAAGCGAGAAAGAGAGCAAAUCUACAUUACACUAAUGAAGUUUGAACUUCAGUCCCAAAAAUAGAUUUGCUAUUGAAUAAUUUACGAGGUCAUCAGGUCAUCACAAUAUCGUGCCUCAUGAAUUUUAUUCUUUAAAUAAUUCAAAGCAUAUUUAGAAUAUUAUAAAACUUAAAGAAAAGAUAUUGAGCUUGACAAGUCAUUGUAUCACGGAAGAACAAUGAUGCUUUUAGAAAGUCACAACACUAGAAUUUAUUAUAUACGCGCAAAUUACAUAGGUAAGGUUUAGAAUAUCACUUUUAAGUAAUUAUGAAAGUAAAUUGUCAGAUGUGUUCGAUAUAGAAUUGUUUUCAGUUUAUACCGUUAUUGCACAUUAAAAGUGGCUUAUACAAAAAUUGGAAUCUGAAGAUUAGUUUUCAAUUUUUAGCAUCAAAGAUAUAUUUCUGUAAAAAAUUUAUAACAAAUAUUCUUGUACAAUUUGAUU